AUGCACCCCAAAUGCUCCUGCCCCACUGGCAGAUCCUGCACGUGUGCUGGCGGAUGCAGGUGUCCCGCCUGCUUGUGCUGCCCCACCGGCCUUGCCCACUGUGCCCAGAGCUGCGUCCACAAAGGAGCAUCGGACCAGUGUCGCUGUGUGCGUGACGUCAGGGCGACCCUGCUCCCAGAGUGA